AACGGAGGGGGAGGCACCGAGUGAGGGCUGGACCAAGCGUCCUCUGAACCCGCCAGAGCAGCAGAACAGCAGCCGGAAGACUUCUCCCGCCCCGAGCUGGCGAAGGACUCGCGCCCAGACCUAAAAACCAUAAAGGGCUGUCAGCCAUUUGGAAUAGCAGUUGGGGCCGGCGGCAUGAGUCCCAGGAAGCGCGGGGGUAGUCCCUGCCUUUUUCCCUUGCAGCUCUUCAGUCUCUGCUGGGUGCUCUCAGUGGCCCAGAGCAAAACGGUGAGAUACAGCACCUUCGAGGAGGACGCCCCUGGUACUGUUAUAGGGACCCUGGCGGAGGACUUGCACAUGAAAGUGUCUGGAGACACAAGCUUCCGCCUGAUGAAGCAGUUCAACAGCUCGCUGAUUCGGGUGCGAGAGGGCGAUGGACAGCUGACCGUCGGGGACGCGGGCCUGGACCGCGAGCGCCUGUGUGGCCGGGCCCCCCAGUGCGUGUUGGCCUUCGACGUGGUCAGCUUCUCACAGGAGCAGUUCCGGCUGGUGCACGUGGAGGUGGAGGUGAGGGACGUCAACGACCACGCGCCGCGCUUCCCCCGGGCCCAGAUCCCGGUGGAGGUGUCCGAGGGCGCGGCUGUGGGCACGCGCAUCCCCCUGGAGGUGCCAGUGGACGAGGACGUGGGCAAUAACGGGCUGCAGAGUGUGCGCCUGGCCGAGCCCCACAGUCCGUUCCGUGUGGAGCUGCAAACGCGCGCGGACGGCGCCCAGUGCGCGGACCUGGUGCUGCUGCAAGAGCUGGACCGUGAGAGCCAGGCCGCCUACAGCUUGGAGCUGGUGGCCCAGGACGGCGGCCGCCCGCCGCGCUCUGCUACGGCCGCCCUCAGCGUGCGCGUGCUGGACGCCAAUGACCACAGCCCGGCCUUCCCGCAGGGCGCCGUGGCCGAAGUGGAGCUCGCGGAAGACGCGCCCGUGGGCUCGCUGCUGCUCGACCUGGACGCGGCUGACCCAGACGAGGGCCCCAACGGCGACGUGGUGUUCGCCUUUGGCGCCCGCACUCCACCCGAGGCGCGCCGCCUCUUCCGGCUUGAUCCGCGCUCAGGCCGCCUCACCCUGGCAGGGCCAGUGGAUUACGAGCGCCAGGACACCUACGAGCUGGACGUGCGGGCGCAGGACCGCGGCCCGGGGCCCCGCGCCGCCACCUGCAAGGUCAUCGUGCGCAUCCGCGACGUCAACGACAAUGCGCCCGACAUCGCCAUCACCCCUCUAGCCGCCCCGGGAACGCCUGCCACUUCUCCCAUCGCCGCGGCUGCGGCCGCUGUUGCUCUCGGGGGUGCAGAAGCGACCUCGUCGGGGGUGUCCGGGACGCCCGAGGCCGGCGCCACCUCGCUAGUCCCGGAGGGGGCGGCACGAGAGAGCCUGGUGGCGCUGGUCAGCACCUCGGACAGGGACUCGGGCGCCAACGGGCAGGUGCGCUGCGCCCUCUAUGGGCACGAGCACUUCCGGCUGCAGCCUGCCUACGCGGGCAGUUACCUGGUGGUGACUGCGGCCUCGCUGGACCGCGAGCGAAUCGCCGAGUACAACCUGACGCUGGUGGCGGAGGACCGCGGCGCGCCCCCGCUGCGCACAGUGAGACCCUACACGGUGCGCGUGAGCGACGAAAAUGACAACGCGCCACUCUUCACGCGGCCAGUCUACGAGGUGUCGGUGCGCGAGAAUAACCCACCCGGGGCUUACCUGGCCACCGUGGCCGCCCGGGACCCGGACCUGGGCCGCAACGGCCAGGUCACCUACCAGCUGCUGGAAGCCGAGGUGGGCCGCGCAGGGGACGCCGUGUCCACCUACGUCUCGGUGGACCCGGCCACUGGGGCCAUCUACGCUCUGCGCAGCUUUGACUAUGAGGCCCUGCGCCAGCUGGACGUGCGCAUCCAGGCGAGCGACGGCGGCUCACCUCAGCUCUCAAGUAGCGCCCUGGUGCAAGUGCGGGUGCUAGACCAGAACGAUCACGCGCCAGUCCUAGUGCACCCAGCGCCGGCCAACGGCUCCCUAGAAGUGGCAGUCCCCGGACGCACUGCAAGGGACUCGGCCGUGGCACGCAUACAGGCCCGGGACGCGGACGAUGGCGCCAACGGGGAGCUGGCUUUCGAACUGCUGCAACAGGAGCCACGCGAAGCUUUCGCCAUCGGCCGCCGCACGGGGGAGAUAGUGCUCACUCGCGACCUGUCGCUGGAGCCCCCGGGCCGCGUAUUCCGGGCGCUGCUGGUCGUUUCCGACGGCGGCCGCCCACCUCUAUCCACCAGCGCCACAGUCAGCUUUGUAGUAACCGCAGGAGGCGGACGCGGGCCAGAGGGGCCUUCCAGUCCUGAGGGCACGGAGCGCUCCCGUCCGCCUGGCUCUCGGCUUGGAGCGUCGGGGCCGGCGCUGCAAUGGGACACACCGCUGAUCGUCAUCAUCGUACUGGCCGGGAGCUGCACGCUGCUGCUGGCCGCUAUCAUCGCCAUCGCCACCACCUGCAACCGCCGCAAGAAGGAGGUGCGCAAAGGGGGGGCCCUCCGGGAAGAGCGGCCCGGGGCGGCGGGCGGCGGAGCCUCGGCUCCCGGCUCCCCGGAGGAGGCCGCCCGGGGAGCUGGGCCCAGGCCCAACAUGUUCGACGUGCUCACCUUCCCUGGCAGCGGCAAAGCGCCUUUUGGCAGCCCCGCGGCCGACGCGCCCCCGCCCGCGGUCGCCGCGGGCGAAGUGCCGCGCUCGGAGGGCGGCAGCGCCACGGGGGAAAGCGCCUGUCACUUCGAGGGGCAGCAGCGGCUCCGCGGCGCGCACGCCGAGCCCUACGGUGCCUCCCCCGGCUUUGGGAAGGAGUCGGCGCCCCCUGUGGCUGUCUGGAAGGGGCACUCUUUCAACACCAUCUCUGGCCGAGAAGCGGAGAAGUUCAGCGGCAAAGACAGCGGCAAAGGGGACAGUGAUUUCAACGACAGCGAUUCCGACAUCAGCGGGGACGCUCUGAAAAAGGAUCUCAUCAACCACAUGCAGAGUGGACUGUGGGCGUGCACAGCAGAGUGUAAGAUCCUUGGCCACUCUGACCGCUGCUGGAGUCCCUCUUGCGGGGGGCCCAAUGCACCUCCGCCGCUUCACCCACCAGCCCAGAUGUCCACCUUCUGUAAGAGCACGUCCCUGCCUCGGGAUCCUCUGCGCAGGGACAACUACUACCAGGCCCAGCUGCCCAAGACAGUGGGACUGCAGAGCGUCUACGAGAAAGUGCUGCACAGGGACUAUGACCGAACAGUCACUUUGCUCUCCCCUCCCCGCCCAGGGAGGCUCCCAGAUCUGCAGGAGAUAAGCGUGCCCCUCUACCAGUCCCCCCCUGGAAGGUAUCUGUCUCCAAAGAAGGGGGCCAAUGAAAAUGCGUAAUCCCAUGCUGCAUGUCUUCACACAUACACAGGUCACUGAGAAGCCCCUAAGUUAAUUGACCAGUUUCAGUGUUGUAUAUAUAAAUAUGCAAGAUGUGCCUUAAAAUGAAGUUGUUGGAAGCUAUUUCCAAUUACAUUGAUACUGUUUGGUAUUUGCAAACAAACAAACAAAAAAAAAUGUAGUUAAUGUAAUUUUUAUGAAAUGUGUGCAGUAUUUAAUUUUUCUUAUCAUGCUAUGGAUUUUAAUUUCACUUGAGGCUUGCCAUUUUCUUAGUGUUUUUAACCUGUACAUUGUGUAAUGUAAUGUUUGUAUAUAAUGAAAUUUUGUUAUAUUUUUAUAUAAUAAAAGCUAAAGUGGAAGUUACUGCCAAAGGAACUGUCUGUAAGACAAAAAAAAAAUGUUGGAAUUACUUAAUGGAAAUUUAUCUUUUACCUAAAACAAUCUAGUGUUUGAGAAGUUUUGCCUUGCCAACUAUAACUUGUAUAUCUUGAGUCUGUGGUAGAUUUCAAGUUCAAUGUUAUUUAACUACAUUUGGAUUUCUGUAAACCGUGUUACUUAUAAGCACAGUAAUAAAGGAUUUAUCAUGUGUUUGAAGAA